AAAGCUCGCAGAUUCAGCUCACUCACAGAACCAGCCCAGCGACCCACCGUGGAAUUCCUCGCUCAUCCCCUCAGGAUCAUCAGGCUCAUCCGAGCCUGUCUUCUCGUCCUCCGUCGUUCCGAACUCCGUCGCUUCCGCCGGUCAUGUUUUAGAUGGCUCGCAUAGAGUAUAGUUUCCGACGCUUUUCCUAAUGACUCACCUCGAGUUUAGCCUGCUGACGUAGACAAGCUAUCUGACGGCUGUGACGAGAGGCAUAAUGGAUUACCAGGUGUUUCUAGUCCGGCUGCCUGGUCACGCGAGGCCUACUAGGAACAUAUCUAGGCUACUUAGGGUUUCCGAGCAAGGGAUUAAUAUAUCAACCCUAACUCCCGGGAAUCCGACUAUACUAGACUUCACCUUCGAGCAGAUCGCGAACCUCCGCUGCUCGGAAUCGGACGGUCAGGAAUUCUCUUUCGAUGUAGCUGGAAUCACUCACACGUACGCAUGCUCGACUCGAGAGCUUCUCCUGACGUCUCUGUACAACAGGCUUGAUGAAGUCAAUGGCAUCGGAACCGACUUCCCCGUGCGGAAGGCCAGCAACCAUCGCGGCGAGUACACCGAGGUAGUGCUGCGAGUCAGAAGCGCGUCGCUCGUCAAGAUGGUCGCCGCUGGCGUGCGACACGAGCGACAGACGGUGAGCAGCAUGAAGAAGAUCAACCUGGUGGAUGUGAUGAAGAUCGAGACGGCAGGCGAUCGGGACGAGCAGGUGCUGCUGCACACCAAGUCGCGCGUGUGGCAGCUGCUGGUGGACGGGGAGGCGGACCAGUUCGCCUCUACCGUGCAGAGGAAUGCGAAGAUGUAUCUCCAGAAGCACAUCCCAGUGCAGCGAGUCACGGGGGAAGAGAUCCUCAUGGUCACCAACGCACGGGCCGAGUCCCUGCGCGCGUCCCCUGUGCUGUACGAGUUCUCAGUGGUGAAGAACAACGAUCCCGCCAGCGGCAUGCAGAGGGAGAGGACGCUCGUGCUGACCAAGGAGUUCAUGGCCGAGAUGACAGGCAGCCACGUCAUUGCGCUGCACAGUCUGAGCGACAUCCUUGGGCUGGUGGUAUCGGACAAGAAUGAGAGCGAGGUGAUAGUGGAGCUGGGGGGGUGGCGGCCCACGCAGUACUUUGUGGCGGACAGAGAGGCGCUGGUGGGCAGUCUGGCGGAGGUGGUCAACCACGCCAAGGCCCGCAACUUCUCCGUGCGAUUAGAGCCCUUCGCGCACCACACCUUGCCAGAGAAACCGCUCCCGCUCUACCAGAACGAGUACGAGAUCUACCUGAUAGCGCGCUUCAUGACGGUGUUCAUGACGCACAGGGAGAACCUCUCAGAGCUCACGCAGCCGGAGGUGGUGGGGCAGUGGCUGCCCAUGGUGAAGGAGUACGCCUGCAACAUGCAGCCAGGGGACUCCCUUUGUAUCGAUGCGCGCCCCAUGCUGGCCGUCGCAGAGAUGCUCAGGGCCAGCCUGGACUUAAAGCCAGGGCUGGGAGCAUCGUACGCGGUGACAUGCUGCUCUGUCAUCCAGCGGCUGCUGGGCACAAGAGGCGUGUUUGAGUCGGUCAAGUCCAACCCGGACUUCAUCAGCAUCCUCAUAAAGGCCCUGAAGCACCCGUCCUCAGUGGUGGCAUUCGCAGCAGCCAGCACCAUCCGAGCGGCCAUCAAGCACUACUCGGCCGACUCACCAGCCGCUGACUCCCCUGCUGCUGCCAGAGCCACUGCCACCUCCUCCUUCCUCAUGCAGGCCUGGCCCGCCCAUGCCGAGGCGGCCAACAAGCACGUGGUGCUGAGUGGGGACAACCUGCAGGUGCUGGUGGCGAGACUGCAGACUGACGCUCUCGUGCACCAGAAUGCGCUGCAGGUGCAAGGCAUUCUGGAGAUUCUCAACCUCGCUCUGCACCUGCCGCCAUCAUCGGAUGCUGAGGCCGAGAAAAACUGGAUGGAGACCCUCGAGAGCUCUCUGCUUGUGGCUGCUGACGUCAUCAGUGCCAUCUCCCGGAGCCGCAGCAACAUCAUGUACUGCAGCAACGCGGUGCUGAUUAAGACCAUCUUCAGCUGCUGCUCUCCGGCCUUCAUCACCCGCUUCAGGGCUGUGAUUCUGUCCCGCGCAGUGGUGCUGCUGCUGCUGAAGAACGCCCUGUUCAACAAGCUUGAGAGGGCGAGGGACGUCAGUGCAGAGCUGCUGUUCCUCAUAGCUGAGACCGACGCCAAAACAGAGCAACUGCUGGCGAAUCUGCUGCCAAAGGGCUUCUUCUUUGUGCUCAAGGACAAGACAGAAGCAGCAAGGAAGGCUGAUGCUGAGGAGGCAGCAAAGGCGGCAGCAGCAGGGGGCGCUAGCUCCACCCUAGCCUCUGGACUCAAAGUCGCAGCAGCAGUGGCAGCGGCGGCAGCAGCGGCGGCAACAGCAAGCACAGCCACAGCACCGGGCAGUGGGGCUGCAGGGGCGGAUGGUGCAGGGGGGCAUGGGGGGGGUGCGGGCAGUGGGAGUGGGGGACUGGGGUGUGUGGUGGCGCUGGGGGUGUGGAAAGAGGCGCUGGAGAUGCUGAGAAGAAGGAGCAUUACCACGCCGGUGCUGGUGUGGAAUGAUGCCAAGAGACACGAGCUGCAUGCGUACCUCAAGGAGCAGGUGGAGGCGUUUGACACUGCCCUGGGGUGCACAGGAGGCGGCAAGGACAUUCAUUUCAACACAGACGACUGCGAGUGUGUCUACUCGCCUGCCAGCAACGACAAUGAUGUGUGCAAGACCAUAGUGGAGGGGGUUCACUUGGAGGUCCUUCUCCAACCUUCAGACGACUCCUCCCCUGCUCUGGCGGCCCACUGGAAGCUGGACGACCCGGCGGCUCUCUUCACGGCCACGCUGCAGGCGCUGCUGCUGUGCUUCACGCCCCUCUACGGCACGUGUGAUUUGCCCGAAAUUGAGCCAAGGCUGGCUGUGGAUGCGCUCACGUGGAUGUAUGAGCGGCACGAGGGGGAGAUCCGAGGGGUGGUGGAAAACCUACACGUGGUGGAGCUCUUUGUGGCGAUGCUGCGGGAAGCCAUAGACAACGACCACGUGGUGUUUGCCUUCAAGUCGCUGCUGUUGCUCCGCAUCAUCAUGGAGAGGGCUGGUCGCCCUGCCGUCUCUCGGUUUGUCAAGGCGGGCGGCAUGUCGAUUAUCCUGCCCCUCAUGGUCAACUCGCUGGCUAAGUGCUGCAAGGAUGAGACUCUAUUUGAAUGUGACGCACCAAGUGUGAAGGACCGGGGAGCAAUCGAGGUGGUGCCGGUGGUGGGCGCGGACGGCGAAGUGCGGAUGGCGCGGGUGCCAUCUGGGCGGCAGGCGAAGGAGGGCGGCGCAAGCACGGUUCACCAUGGGGGGAGUGUGGAGGCGAGGGACGCGAUCAAGUGGCAGGAUGAGAGUGUGCCAGAGAAGCUGCAGAUGGGGAUGGCACUCGAGUUGCUGGAGACUGUAUUAGAUGUCAUUGAGGUGCCUGGAGGCUUGGAGAGGUACCCCCCGCCCCUGCCUCUGGAGGACCUGGCUCGGCCGGAGCUGCUGUGCAGCCUCGUGCAGGUGCUGCUGCGGGCGAAGUCACCGAGCUUCAGAAGGAUCCUCGAGGUGCUCUCGAUUCUGUGCCGGGGGAACAAGCAGGCGGCCAGCGAGCUGCACCGGUUUGGGUGCUUCCCCAUGCUGCUGUGGAAGGUGGUGGCAGGGGAUAUUAGCCACGACGACCGCACCCGCAUCCUCAAGUUCCUUGCGCGCACACACCUCGUGCAGGACCCAUCCGCCUUAGAGCACGCCCCUGUGAAGGGGCUGGUAGUUGUGGAGCACCUGCCAUGGCACGAGAGCAUUCUGCGGCUCUACCUCCCUGCUGGCCUCGUCUCCAAGCUCAUUCAGGAGGGAGCUGAACUCUUCUUAUCCAACCUCGACACGGAGGACAUCGACACGCCCGAGAUAGUGUGGAACGAGGACAUGAAGGACCGCCUGAGAACCUUCCUGGAGGCGGACCUGCAGCCGUACGUGCAGGCAAGGGCAGGGGACCCCCACGCUGUCUAUGAGUACGAGCCCAAGCCGCCCCUCGUGUACCCCGAGCUCGCAGGAACCAUCUUCGUGGCGCCCGUUUAUCUGCACAACGUGUUGGACGCUGAGAGGUUCCCCGCGCACCAAGUGUUUGACUCCACCUCGUUCCACCACAGCGUGCUCAGGGAGUACGAGCGCAUCCUGCAGGCGACCACAGCAGUGGGCGGGGGAGCUGUGACGUGGAGGCAGGAGGCCCCUCGGCUCGUGCUGCUGCUCAAGGCUCAGGCUGUGAUUCUGGACCGGUACCCACAGAUCCCCCUGGGAGCGGAGGCAGAGAGUGUGGUCAUCGACAUGGCCACUCCAGCGCUGCGUGUGUGCAUCGCUCAGAGGGACGACUGCCCACCCCAGAUGGCGGAUAUCCUGCAGCACGCUGCCAAGAUCCUGAGGGGAAUCGCUGCCACACGAGACAAGGAUGCAGACGUAUCUCAGCCGUCCAUCAACUUCGCCCUCAGUGUGCUCUCAUGCGGCGCUCGUGUGAAGUCAGACGGAAGCUUCCCGGACUCCCCUGCCAAGUCCCCUCUCGAGCCCGCCCUGUCCUGCGCCCUCUCCAUCCUCGAGCUCGCUGCCUCGUCCAAGGAAGGCCGCAAGCAACUAAGGGACGAUGUGAGAUGGCGCAAGGGCUUCUGGUGGGCGCUGUGCUCGGCUGCUGGGGAGAGCAGCAGGAGCAGUGCGGAUGGGGUGCCGUGCUCGCUGGCCUUCGCCGCCCUUGACUGCCUCAACCACUUCGCCGGUGACAGAGACAUGUGCUACCGGCUCAUCAACCAGGCCCUUCAUCUGCCGCUCUUGCUCCUCGCCGUCCCAUCUGAAGCAACCCUCGAGGACGAGCGGCGCCGAGACGAAACAGGCCAGGAGCCCAACUUCAGAGCGAAGGCCCUGCAGCAGGUGGCAGCAGAGGUGCUGCGCACCCUGGCAAUCACCCUGGAGCAGGCCCUCCCCCCCGAGGGCGAGCCCAGCCCGCGGGGCUCUCUGCUGCACAUGCAGCAGAUGGAGCAGCAGCAGCAGGAGCAGGAGCAGGGCGGGCUGCUGUCUUACGUCAUCCCCUGGGGCCUGCUGGACGCGCUUAAGAACCCUGAUGCUGGGGCAGCGAAGCUGGUGGCUCUGGUGGGCGCGGAUGGGGAGAUGCCGACUGCGAUUUGGAAUGCGGCUGUGAGGGAGGAGCUAAGGCGGAAGGUGGAGGGGCGGAUUAAGAAGUUUAAUUUGGCGCAGGCGGGGGGGUCUGCAGCAAGUGCAGGGACGGAGGAGGAGGAUGAGGUGGCGUGGCUGCGAUCGUUCAGAUACGACUGCCUCAAGGACGAAAUGGUGAUCUCGGGCAUCUUCGUCCGCGGAUACGCUGCGGGCAGUUGGGAAAAUUUCGACCUGCCUGACGGCCGUGCAUUCCUCAUGGCUCUGCAAGACUAUAUCCGCUCCUCCCUCCCCAUCCUCUCCCCCCACUCCUCCUCCACCCCUGCCACUCCUCCUUCGCCUAGCAGCAUCAUCACCACUUCCGCCGCUGCUUUUGCCUCUCAACCGCCCACUAUUUCCGGGUUCCUAAUGGUUCUUAAAGCCCUAGCGGAGUGCAUUAGGUAUGCAGUGGAGGAUGGAAAGAGAGGCAUGCUGGCCCACAUAGACUACCUUCUCUUGGCAGAAAUUUUAGCCGCUGCCCCGGACACUCUUCCAACUGCCCGGCGGCUAGUUGUGGGGAUUGCGCAGAUUGUUUCAGGUGCCCCUACAAGCCGGGAGCAGCUGCUGGGAUCUUCUCUGCUGCCCGUUUUGUCCCGGCAAUUAUGGCGAUCUCUCACUGUGCCAGGAACAGGAGUGGAAGCGGGAGUGGAGGCACCGGAGGGGGAAGAAGAUUUCGGGGCAGGUUUGAGUGAGCUGGCGCUGGCAAUUCUAGAUGCGGUUUUGGACCUUAGUGUGGAAAUGGCAGCGGUUGUGGCGGUUACGAAUCACUUCAGCUCCAGCAGUCUGCUUCUCGUACUGCUCGCACUUUUCCUCCGCGUGCCCCUGCCGCCCUUUAAGGGCACCACGAAAAAAGCAGCCGGGCAGGCGUGGAACGAAGCGGAAGAGGCGGGCGUGCUCGACACGGCGCAGUUUCGGGCUGCCCAGAUUCUCGGGCAGCUGCUGCUGGCAGCGUGCGGAGUGCAGGACCGGGCGAAAUAUAUCGCAGGGAUCGAGGAGGGAGAAGGGUCAGCAGCAGCAGGAGCAGGCGCAGCAGCAGGGGAUGGGGUGAACGGGUUCGAUACCAUAUCGAUGGACGAGGAGGUGUUUUCCGACCCUCACGGUGACGUCCGGGACAUCCACAACCUGAUCUCUCUCCUGGAGCCAGGUGCGGCACCUCCCGUGCCUCUCAUCUCGGUUCGGAUCCUCUACCUGCUGCUGCCGCUGCGCAUCCUUUCCCUUCUCAUGUCCGACCCUGAGGGAGCAUGCCGAGCCAUCGGAUCGCCUUCCUGCACCCCCCUGUUGGUGUGGAAUGAUGCGUCGGCGAGAAGAGCAAGGGAUGCGAUCAAGAGAGAGGCAGAGGAGGUGCUGAGGAGGCAUGAGGGGGAGGUGAGUGAGGGGAAGCAGCAGCUGGGGCUGCCCAUGUGGGACCUGGAGGCUGGAGAAGAGACUAGCAGCAGCAGUGGGGGCAGAGGAGGGGAAGAAGCGGCAGCGUUCCGGCCCUUCUUCCUGCAGUCUGUCCGCGAGAGCAUCGAAUUGGCUAAGGAUGAAGGGGAGGGAGGAGCAGGAGGAGCAGCAGAGGCAGCAGAAACGCUAUUUUCGGAGCAGGAAAAGGCUGGGUACGUGCCGGAAAUGUACAUUGGCGGAUGCUAUGUGGAUCAACUAUUGCGCCAGCCGAGAUUCGAUCUCGGGAAGCGGGUAGAGCUGCAGUUGGUGCGGGAGAUUCGGAAGGCGAUAGUCACAGCAGCCCCGAGCGAGGGGAAAAGAUAUGAGGAGUUCACUAUAGCGGAUCGCAGGAGGCUGCUUUUGGCCCUCCUCGCGCUUUUCCAGAGCCGCCCGCACCUGCUGACCAUCACCAACACGGACAUUUUCCUGCCCGUGACGGACUUUUUCACGUCGGGCAGCGGGGAGGAGCGGCGCGCACUGCUGCAAGCCGGCGUGUUACUGUUCCUGCGCAUGGUUACAUCCAACGACGUGGCAGAUUUUGUCUCAUCUGAAGAGCUGAUUUCUCUCCUCUCUAAGCUCUUACUGCUGGAGGUGCCCGCGGGGAGGCAAGGGCAAGCGGCCACAGACCCCCGGGUGUGCGCCCUCAUGCUGAUGCAGAAGCUUUUCCGGCUGAGCUCCAAGGCGGUGGAGUUGGGGUUGCAGCACCAGGUGGUUGACCGGCUGGCGUCGCUUGUACUCGAUACAGAGAACUCCAUUACUGUGCGUGCGCGCGCUGCCGCUGUGCUAGGAGCCAUGGCAGGGGAGAGGCGGCUAGGCCCGGAAAUUACGAAGCAGGCGGAGAGGAUCUUACCGGAGAGUUAUAAGAAUCAUAUCGCUUGGAGGGUGGGGUUCUUGAAGCAGGGGGGAGAGGAAAUCGGGCAGAAAAAUGUUCCAAGCCUUUCGGAGGAGAUUGAGGUUAAAACUAUGCGGCACUUACUUAAGUAUCCGCUGCCUUGCGCCUGGUGGACCACAGAUAUUCCCGAGGAUGGCGGAAUGGGGGGAGGAGGGGGGGGUGGGGGGGGAGGGGACGGGGAGGACGGGGGCGGUGGCCCGACAGCUGUUGUGGAAGCUGCCUUGCUGUUUCCUGCUGCCAGGCUGGACGCAUGGAACGAUGAGGUGGACGGGGGUUUGAGGCACGGGUUAGCAGCAGCUGCACUGACCAACACGCGGAACGUGAGGAUUCUAAGGAAGAAGCUGGGAGGGGCAAAGGGGGUGGUGGUGGAGGUAGAGAUACAGUUCCACCCCCCCCCAGGUGCAGCUGCCAGGGCGAAAAAGGGGGAGAGUGGAGCAGGAGGAGCAGCGAGGUCGUCUGUGGAUGAUCCGGCGAAGGCUGCCCGGACAUUCAAGCAGAGGCUGGAGACCCAGCUGGCGGCCAUGCUUGCUCUGGAGGUGUUUGGCUCCAUGGGCACCCCAGCUGUGCGCUCCUCGACAGUUAGAAGCUGGGGGCGGUGACAGGAUGAUGCUGGUGGCACGGCUCAGCUGGGGGCGAUGCUCGCCCCUAAAGUGUUUGGCUCAACGGGUGCUCUGACUGACUGUGUGCUGCUACUCAGUUCGAAGCUGGGGGAGUGGAUGAUUGGUGAAUUCUGAACAUCUCUUUUGGCACUAUCGUAGUCGAGGGAAACAAAAAACGGACGAAAGUAUGUAUGCCAACAUAUGACAAUGGAAUCUGUAGGACCAUGCACUUCUGGUGCCUAGAUAAGGUGGUGGUACGUCUGUGUUAACUUGAGUGGAUGGAAUAGAGCCACGACUCAUGGAGUAACUUAGAGAAGCUAAGUACGUUACCUAGGUACUCAUGC